CAUACAACCUUAAUUGGGCCACAGUCCAAUUAAGAGCGACUCAAAUGUCAUUACCGCUGAGAAGUACUUCUUGCUAUUUGAGUCAGCAUGUCAGAGCUAGUCACUACGGAUUGUGGUGACACAGCACUGGACUGCCUGCAGAAGUUAAUCGCAUAUAGCCAUCUCACUGGCAAUGUGCCUGAUUCAACGGAGCCUAACAAGCUGCCGAUUGUGCGCAUUGUCGAGACAAUUUGCGGUUGCUUCACCGGUCCACAGACCGAUGAGAGUGUGCAGCUGCAGAUUAUUAAAGCUCUGCUGACUGUAAUGACAAGCCAGCAUGUGGAGGUAUACGAGGAUACGGUACUGUUAACAAUUCGUACUGUUUACAACGUUUACUUGUCGUCGCGCAACCUGGUGAAUCAAACAACAGCCUGUGCGACUCUCACGCAGAUGAUCAACGUGAUCUUCGCGCGAAUGGAGACUCAGGCGGAGGAAGAGAACGUGAGGCUUGAUGGGGAACAUCAGCAGGAGAGUUCUGUCAUAGCAAACGGCACAACUGGAGCUGAGCUAAGUCUUAGUUAACUAAGUCUAAGCUCAUCUUCAUGAAACUUUACGUUGCGUGCGUCUAUUUAAUGACGAUGGAUGUAGAAAGCUCUUCAAAUCACUUCGAGAGGAUUAUCAAAAGCGAUCUCCUUAUAUCGCAUAUUUAAUCAGAUGUCGUCAGGGAUUGCUGUCGACAUUAGCUCACUUAGAUAGAUUAUGCGUGCGAGUUAAGUGCGAUCGGGAUGCUAUCAAUAAUCAUCUUGUAUCCGUUUGUGUGAGGGUAUUUUUG